AUGGUGGUGAUAUUUGAUAUACGAAUAGCCCCGCCAGAAUUUAUAAUCAGACACAAUACUCGCGAAGCGAUUGGUUCGUUCUGUUGGAUACCGCCAACUCUGGAUAUGGAGGACACUGAUACCAACACCGACAACCACAGCAGCAGCAGCAGCAGCAACCAGAUUCUUGUGUUUUCCAAACACGAUCUUUUAGCCAAGCUAUAUCUGUUGGACAAUAUGCAACUCCUAUAUACGAUAACCAAGCCAUUUUGGAAUGGCACCCAAUUGAGUCUGCGACAGUUUUGGUAUGUUAUAGCUGACUCGUCAGUAUACAAUGUUCCUCCCACCAUUUACCAAUUUUACAAUGAUGGCACAACUAGCGCCAUAGUCGCUAAGAAGCGGCUCCCCCGAUUUGUCACCAAAGAGACUAUAAUCAGCCUCUCACCAAGCGGGAAGUGGCUCCAAAUCUUGGAUCCAGGCGACUCGUUACUUGGCUUUAAUCUAAAGCUAUUUGGUGUUCUUACAAGUGCGGAACCUGUUAGUGAUGAGAUGACGCCGAUUGUGGACCUUGAACAGAACAUGGAUGAUACCCUAGCUGACGACGAAGAAGUUGUGGAAAUUUAUCGUGAGAGGUUCAAAAGCGCAUGGUUCGCGGUGGAAGGAGAGGAGUUUUUGUUCAUUUACAACUCCGGUGGCAUUUUUUUUGAAGUGCAAGUAUUUUGCAUCAAUUUGCUCCGCAUUGUUCAGCGUCGACGGAUCGAUUUUCUUUCGACAGGUUCAACGGGGUGGGCCCAGGAGAAUGGCACAUUGAAGCUUAGUCGUUAUUUGCAAGCACCGCCCAAGGGAUCAAUCAAUCAACCAAUCAUUAGAAACAACCGUUUGCAUCUAAUUGUUGAUGAUGUUUAUGUCUAUUCCUACAAGAUCCAACUCCAAAAGAACAAUGUUCAUUUUGAACUCAUCACCAUGCUCAAGUCAUCUAGCAAUGUCACUCAAGUAGUCGAGACCAAUUCAAAUUCUUGGGUAGUUGCCACAAGACAUCUGGUUUUAAGAUACCAAAACGACAGCUAUCAAGUGGUUAAGACCACCUUGAGUUCAAUCAAGUCGGUGACCAUGCUCGCGCACGAGCAAAUGUUGGUGCUAUAUUCAGAUAUGGAGCUGAAAUGGGACAUUGCCGAUGCAUCGAGUCACGUGAACCUGCAAUCUUUGACGGAUGCCACCGAAAUCACAGAUACUUUUUACCGGCGCAAGCGAUUGAAAACUCGGUAA